UUUUUUAAAUGACGUAUUAAAUGAUCUCCGUUUUCCCCGCUCGGAUCUGAUCUCCACAUUCAAUGCUGAUACCCCAUAUCCGAACUUUUCUACCUAUCCCUUAAUAAAGCCGUGAUGCCUACUCCUUCCCCGAACUAAAACCCAGCGAGCACAUGGUAAGAAACAUUGCACACUACUACAUGUCAAUAUAGAGGUAGGUACAUAUGAUACUUAGUACUUGUACGAAAGUUAAUAUUAUUUCCAAAUACUGAGUAGAAAGAGCGUUUGAGCGUUUGAGAGAAGGAAAAGGGGGCAUGAAAGACCAAGCAAGUACUACUAUGUAUGAAUCUAGGUAUAUACCCUAGUACCGUACCAUUCAUUCAAGUUUUUUUUUUCUUUGAACCCAGCCACCAAAGAUGGAGAUCUACACAUCACUUACCCAAGUCCCUCUCGAACUGCCGGGUUGCUGUUUGCAAACUAAACCGAGGACAUAUAUAAUGCGGUGUCCGGCCUGAUGUCACCCACAACUGUUCGAGAUGCCGGACAGCAUCCAGCCGGAACAAGCGAUAGGAAAUUCAAGAUGAUUUCUUUUUCAUUUGCUUUCAUUUUUCUCAUAACAGGUGUCCUAGUUCGGGCCUUCAGCAGCUCGCCUUCAUCCAGCUACCAGUCAUUGGCGAAGCGCGAAGUCCCUGAGCAGGCCCAAGUCAUUGACGCGAAGUCCUUCAAUGUCUUGCCCACGGUUCUCCCCGUGACAGUAGCUAAUGGCUCUUCGUAUUUCUUCAUACCACCUGGACAAACCUUGGACACGUUAACAGAGAAGCCUUUCCACGUAUAUCAUGACAGCUUUUACGACGUGAUAGGGUCUAAUCCCACUCUGACGCUCAUCGCCAGUGGUGGGGAAGACCUUUUGUUUCAUGAAGCUGCUGUCUGGUAUCCACCCACCGACGAAAUGUUCUUCGUGCAAAAUGCAGGUGCGGCGUCGGCGGGGACGGGCUUGAACAAGUCCAAUAUCAUUAUGAAGAUUGCGCUGCCCGAAGCCAUGGCUGUUUCGAGCCAGCGCAAUGCCACGGGAUCCGUAAACGUCCAGACCGUUGACGCGCCAGCAAUUCGCAACUCAAAUGGCGCGACAAACUACAGGGGACAGCUCGUUUUCACGGCCGAGGGACAGGGCCCAAACUUGCCUUCACAGUUGGUGGUGAUGAACCCGCAAGAGCCGUAUAAUACCACGAUACUAUUGAACAACUACUUUGGGCGCCAGUUCAGUUCCCUGAAUGAUGUAGCCGUCAACCCUCGCAACCAAGACGUCUACUUUACCGAUAGUCUGUACGGAUAUUUACAAAACUUCCGACCUUACCCAGGAGUCAUUCCUCAGGUAUAUCGAUAUAACGACGAAGCCGGUGCAGUCACCGCAGUUGCAGAUGGGUUUGGUCUUGUCAAUGGAAUAACCUUCUCGCCAGAUGGUGCAUACGCGUAUGUCACUGAUACGGGGGCAAAUCGCGGCGUCUGGGGAUGGAACUUCACCUACCCGGCAAGCAUUUACCGCUUCAACGUUCAAGACGACGGGACAUGGGAGAACCGUAAACUCUUUGCUUAUGUUGAUAAUGGUGUUCCAGAUGGCGUUCAUUGUGAUACCAACGGAAACGUCUACUCAGGCUGCGGUGACGGCGUGCAAGUAUGGAACCCAUCUGGCACCCUAAUUGGGAAAAUCUUCCUCGGUAAGACUUGUGCCAACUUCAAUUUCGCCGGGGAUGGUCGGAUGGUGAUUCUUGCGGAGGACGAUCUCUACUACGCGACUGUCAAUGCUUCAGGGGGUAGCUAUAUUGAAGAGAAGUGACCCCGGAACAACUUGUCACUAAUAAAAUAGGUAGCUAGCAGUUGGGUUAGUUAGGUACCUAGAAAUAUCUUAGGGUUGACUUACGAAAUAGAUACCUCUGGCCGUUAA